AUGUUGGAUGACCAUAACUACCACGUGGUGUUGGAUGCCAAUAACUACCACGUGGUGUUGGAUGCCAAUAACUACCACGUGGUGUUGGAUGCCCAUAACUACCACGUGGUGUUGGAUUCCAAUAACUAUCACGUGGUGUUGGAUGCCAAUAACUAUCACGUGGUGUUGGAUGCCAAUAACUACCACGUGGUGUUGGAUGUCAAUAACUAUCACGUGGUGUUGGAUGCCAAUAACUAUCACGUGGUGUUGGAUGACAAUAACUACCACGUGGUGUUGGAUGCCAAUAACUAUCACGUGGUGUUGGAUGCCAAUAACUAUCACGUGGUGUUGGAUGCCAAUAACUAUCACGUGGUGUUGGAUGACAAUAACUACCACGUGGUGUUGGAUGCCAAUAACUAUCACGUGGUGUUGGAUGCCAAUAACUAUCAUGUGGUGUUGGAUGCCAACAAUUACCACGUGGCGUUGGAUGCCGAUAACUACCACGUGGUGUUGGAUGCCCAUAACUACCACGUGGUGUUGGAUGCCAAUAACUACCACGUGGUGUUGGAUGCCAAUAACUACCACGUGGUGUUUGAUGCCGAUAACUACCACGUGGUGUUGGAUGCCGAUAGCUACCACGUGGUGUUGGAUGCCCAUAACUACCACGUGGUGUUGGAUGCCAAUAACUACCACGUGGUGUUGGAUGCCAAUAACUACCACGUGGUGUUGGAUGCUAAUAACUACCAUGUGGUGUUUGAUGCCGAUAACUACCACGUGGUGUUGGAUGCCGAUAACUACCACGUGGUGUUGGAUGCCAAUAACUACCACGUGGUGUUGGAUGCCAAUAACUAUCACGUGGUGUUGGAUUCCAAUAACUAUCACGUGGUGUUGGAUGCCAAUAACUAUCACGUGGUGUUGGAUGCCAAUAACUACCACGUGGUGUUGGAUGCCAAUAACUACCACGUGGUGUUGGAUGCCAAUAACUACCACGUGGUGUUGGAUGCCAAUAACUAUCACGUGGUGUUGGAUUCCAAUAACUAUCACGUGGUGUUGGAUGCCAAUAACUAUCACGUGGUGUUGGAUUCCAAUAACUAUCACGUGGUGUUGGGUGCCAAUAACUAUCACGUGGUGUUGGAUGCCAACAAUUACCACAUAGUGGUGGAUGCCAAUAACUACCACGUGGUGUUGGAUGCCAACAAUUACCACAUGGUAUUGGAUGCCAAUAACUGCCACGUGAUGUUGAAAGCCAAUAACUGCCACGUGAUGUUGAAAGCCAAUAACUGCCACGUGAUGCUGGAUGCCAAUAACUACCACGUGAUGUUUGAUGUCUAUAACUACCACAUGGUGUUGGAUGCCAAAAAUAACUACCACGUUGUGUUGGGCGCCCAGAACCAAGCGAAAUUGUGA